AUGGACGAGGAUGGACCGCGAGCGGCCGAGGAGGAUCCGGAGCCGGGCAGAGCCAAGACUUUCAUCCGCCUUAAUGACCUGUCCGGGGCCGGGGGCCGCCCGGGGCCGGGGGACAGGGAGGCGGGCAGCGGCGACUCAGAGGCGGAGGCGCUGCCCUACCCGGCGCUGGCCCCCGUCGUCUUCUUCUACCUGAGCCAGGAGAGCCGGCCGCGGAGCUGGUGCCUCCGGCUGGUCUGUAACCCGUGGUUCGAGAGGGUCAGCAUGCUGGUGAUCCUGCUCAACUGUGUGACGCUGGGCAUGUUCCACCCCUGCGAGGACAUCGCCUGCGACUCGCCGCGCUGCAGGAUCCUCCAGAGCUUCGACGAUUUCAUCUUUGCCUUCUUUGCUGUGGAAAUGAUCGUCAAAAUGAUUGCACUGGGCAUUUUUGGGAAGAAGUGCUACCUGGGAGACACGUGGAACCGCCUGGACUUCUUCAUUGUCAUUGCAGGGAUGCUGGAGUAUUCCCUGGACCUGCAGAAUGUCAGCUUCUCCGCCGUCCGCACCGUCCGCGUCCUGCGGCCGCUCAGGGCCAUCAACAGGGUCCCCAGUAUGCGCAUCCUGGUGACGCUUCUCUUGGACACGCUGCCCAUGCUGGGGAACGUCCUCCUCCUCUGCUUCUUCGUCUUCUUCAUCUUUGGUAUCGUGGGAGUCCAGCUGUGGGCAGGUUUGCUCAGGAACCGCUGCUUCCUCCCUGAAAACUUCAGCAUCCCCUACACAGUGGAUUUGGAGCGGUACUACCAGACAGAGAACGAAGAUGAAAACCCUUUCAUCUGCUCCCAGCCCCGGGAGAACGGGAUGCGCUACUGCCGGAGCAUCCCAACGCGGAGGGAAGAGGGUCUGGAGUGCACCCUGGAUUAUUAUUCCUACAACGACACCACCAACACAUCCUGUGUCAAUUGGAACCAGUAUUACACCAACUGCUCUGCCGGGGAGCACAACCCCUUCAAGGGAGCCAUCAACUUCGAUAACAUUGGCUACGCCUGGAUCGCGAUAUUUCAGGUCAUCACGCUGGAAGGCUGGGUGGACAUCAUGUACUUUGUCAUGGAUGCACACUCCUUCUACAACUUCAUCUACUUCAUCCUCCUGAUCAUUGUGGGCUCCUUCUUCAUGAUCAACCUGUGCCUGGUGGUGAUAGCGACGCAGUUCUCCGAGACGAAGCAGCGCGAGAGCCAGCUGAUGAAGGAGCAGCGGGUGCGCUACCUGUCCAACGCCAGCACCCUCGCCAGCUUUUCGGAGCCGGGCAGCUGCUACGACGAGCUCCUCAAGUACCUGGUUUACAUUGCCCGAAAAGGCAGCAAGCAGCUCGUGAAGGCCUACCGGGCGGCAGGCGUGAGGAUGGGCUUCCUCACCAGCCCCGAGAGCAAGGCGGGGGCCGACCGGCAUGCCAGGAAGCGCCGGAGCAGGAAGAGGUCUUCCGUGCACCACCUCAUCCACCACCAUCACCACCACCACCACCACUAUCACCUGGGCAACGGGAACCUGCGGGCACCCCGUGCCAGCCCCGAGAUCAGCGAUGUGGAGACCAGCUCGCUCCACAACGGCACCAACCGGCUCAUGCUCCCCCCCUCCGCACCAAACUCCCUUGGGGCCCCCAGUGCCUCUCCCAGCAACACCGAGUCCGUCCACAGCAUCUACCACGCCGACUGCCACUUCGAGCCGGUGCGCUGCCGGUCAUCCCUCACGCAGCCAAGCCUCGGAUUGCCGAGCCCAGAGGGGAUCCCCAAGAACAUCGUGGGCAGCAAGGUGUACCCCACGGUGCACUCCAGUACCUCCCAUGAGAUGCUGAAAGAGAAGAACCUGGGGGAGGCGGCGGUGGGUGCCGGGAGCAGCACCUUGACGAGCCUCAACAUCCCGCCUGGGCCCUACAGCACCAUGCACAAGCUGCUGGAGACACAGAGCACGGGGUUCUUUUCAGUCCACGUUACGGAGAAAGGCGAUGGCUUUCCAGGUCCCUGCCAAAGCUCCUGCAAGAUCUCCAGCCCCUGCACCAAGCUGGAUGGUGGCUCCUGCAACCCUGAGAGCUGCCCUUACUGCCUCACAGCGCUGGCAGGCGAGGCCGAGCUGUCGGACAACGAGACGGCCGACUCGGACAGCGAGGGGGUCUAUGAGUUCACGCAGGAUGCCCACUACAGCGACCAGCGGGACCCACAGCGGGGCAGGGCCCGGGCCAGGAGGGCCAGCCGGGUGCUGGCCUUCUGGCACGUGGUGUGCGAGACCUUCCGCAAGAUCGUGGACAGCAAAUAUUUCGGCCGUGGGAUCAUGGUGGCCAUUCUCAUCAACACGCUCAGCAUGGGGAUCGAGUACCACGAGCAGCCGGAGGAACUUACCAAUGCCCUGGAGAUCAGCAACAUCGUCUUCACAAGCCUCUUUGCUCUGGAGAUGCUAUUGAAAGUCCUUGUUUAUGGUCCUUUUGGCUACAUUAAGAAUCCAUACAACAUCUUUGAUGGGAUCAUCGUGGUGAUUAGCGUGUGGGAGAUAGUGGGCCAGCAAGGUGGAGGGCUCUCGGUCCUGCGCACCUUUCGGCUCAUGCGCGUGCUGAAGCUGGUCCGCUUCAUGCCAGCCCUGCAGCGCCAGCUCGUCGUCCUCAUGAAGACCAUGGACAACGUGGCCACGUUCUGCAUGUUGCUGAUGCUCUUCAUCUUCAUCUUCAGCAUCCUGGGGAUGCACCUCUUUGGCUGUAAGUUCGCGUCGGAGCGGGAUGGUGACACACUGCCCGACAGGAAGAACUUCGACUCCUUGCUCUGGGCCAUCGUCACUGUUUUCCAGAUUUUGACCCAGGAAGACUGGAACAAAGUCCUUUACAAUGGCAUGGCAUCCACCUCGUCCUGGGCUGCUCUCUACUUCAUCGCUCUCAUGACGUUUGGGAAUUAUGUUCUCUUUAAUCUGCUGGUGGCCAUCCUGGUAGAGGGGUUCCAGACAGAGGAGAUCUCCAAGCGAGAAGAUGCGAGUGGGCAGUUAAGCUGUAUUCAGCUGCCUGUCGACUCGUCGGGGAAAGGCAAACUGGGAGUGCAAGAACAGGGUGACGCUUCCAAGUCCGAUUCCGAGGGGGAUCUCUUUCCCCGCAGCCUGGAAGAGGAGGGAGGACUUAAGAAAAACUUGUCAAAUCCAGCCUUGAUGGCCCUGAGCGACCACCCGGAGCUGAAGAAGAGCCUGACCCCUCCGCUCAUCAUCCACACUGCUGCCACGCCGAUGCCCAUGCCCAAGAGUGCCGUGUUUGGGGACGCGGCGCAGGGCUACGAGUCCCGCCGGGCCAGCGGCGUCUCCGUGGACCCCGCCCUCUACGAGCUCAAGUCCUCGCCCAGCGCCCGCAGCUCCCCGCACAGUCCCUGGCGUGCCAGCAGCAGCUGGAACAGCCGCCGCUCCAGCUGGAACAGCAUCGGCCGGGCCCCCAGCCUCAAACGCCGGGGGCAGAGCGGCGAGCGCAGGUCCCUCCUCUCCGGGGAGGGCAAGGAGAGCUCGGAGGAAGGGGAGAGCUCGGAUGAGGAGCACUCCAGCCGGGCCGGCAGCGUCAAUGGCUCUUUGCCUCAGCGCAUGGAGUCGCUGGAAACGAAAGGGUCCUUCGACCUCCAGGAUACCCUGCAGGUGCCUUCCCUGUACCGGACCAGCAGCAUGCACAGCACACGAACCACUGCCUCCGAGCACCAGGACUGCAAUGGGAAGACCUCUCCGGGUCUGCUGCUGCACCAGCUCCACCUGGAUGACCCCCACCAGGAUGGUGAUGACGGUGAUGAUGAAGGCAACAUGAGCAAAAGGGACCGUAUGAAGGCCUGGAUACGGGCACGGCUCCCCACCUGCUGCAAAGAGAGAGACUCCUGGUCCAUCUACAUCUUCGCCCCUCACUCCAGAUUCCGUCUGAUGUGCAAUAAAAUCAUCACUCACAAGAUGUUUGAUCAUGUCGUCUUGGUGAUCAUUUUCCUGAACUGCAUUACCAUUGCCAUGGAACGGCCCAAAAUUGAGCCUCACAGUGCUGAACGGAUUUUCCUAACACUCUCCAACUACAUCUUUACAGUCAUCUUCCUGACUGAGAUGACAGUUAAGGUGGUGGCACUAGGCUUGUGUUUUGGGGAGAAAGCCUACUUGAAGAGCAGCUGGAACGUGCUGGAUGGGGUGCUGGUUCUCAUCUCCGUCAUCGACAUCCUGGUCUCGAUGGUGUCAGACAGCGGCACGAAAAUCCUGGGGAUGCUGCGGGUGCUGAGACUGCUGAGGACACUGCGGCCCCUAAGAGUCAUUAGUCGAGCCCAAGGACUGAAGCUGGUGGUGGAGACUCUCAUGUCGUCCUUGAAGCCCAUUGGGAACAUUGUGGUCAUCUGCUGUGCCUUUUUCAUAAUCUUUGGGAUCCUGGGAGUCCAGCUUUUCAAAGGCAAGUUUUUUGUCUGCCAGGGGGAGGACACCAGAAACAUCACAAAUAAAUCGGAUUGUACAGAAGCAAGCUACAAAUGGGUCCGGCACAAGUAUAAUUUUGAUAAUCUCGGCCAGGCCCUGAUGUCUCUCUUUGUUCUGGCCUCCAAGGACGGGUGGGUGGAUAUCAUGUACGAUGGCUUGGAUGCUGUGGGAGUCGACCAGCAGCCAGUCAUGAACUACAACCCAUGGAUGCUCCUCUACUUCAUUUCCUUCUUGCUGAUCGUGGCCUUCUUCGUCCUCAACAUGUUCGUGGGGGUGGUGGUGGAGAAUUUCCACAAGUGUCGGCAGCACCAGGAGGAAGAAGAAGCCAAGAGGCGGGAGGAGAAGAGGCUGCGCCGGCUGGAGAAAAAGAGAAGGAGUAAGGAGAAACAGAUGGCUGAUCUAAUGCUGGAUGAUGUAUUAAUGGAGAGCUCAGCCAGUGCAGUGCAAGAAGCACAGUGUAAGCCCUACUAUUCGGAUUACUCCCGCUUCCGCCUCCUGAUCCACCAGAUGUGCACCAGCCACUACCUGGAUUUGUUCAUCACCGGCGUGAUCGGCCUCAACGUGAUCACCAUGGCCAUGGAGCACUACCAGCAGCCAAAGGUUCUUGAUGAAGCCCUGAAGAUUUGCAAUUACAUCUUCACCGUUAUCUUUGUCCUGGAGUCUGUUUUCAAGCUUAUUGCCUUUGGGUUUCGUCGCUUCUUCCAAGACAGAUGGAACCAAUUAGAUCUGGCAAUCGUGCUGCUGUCUAUCAUGGGCAUCACUUUGGAAGAGAUCGAGGUGAACGCUUCGCUACCAAUUAACCCCACUAUUAUCCGAAUCAUGAGGGUUCUCAGGAUUGCUCGAGUGCUGAAGUUGCUGAAGAUGGCUGUGGGGAUGAGAGCCCUCUUGGACACCGUGAUGCAAGCGCUGCCGCAGGUGGGGAAUCUGGGUCUUCUCUUCAUGUUGUUGUUUUUCAUAUUUGCAGCUCUUGGAGUGGAGCUGUUUGGAGACCUUGAAUGUGAUGACACACACCCCUGCGAGGGGCUGGGACGACAUGCCACGUUCAGGAACUUUGGGAUGGCCUUUCUGACUCUGUUCCGAGUAUCCACAGGAGACAACUGGAAUGGGAUAAUGAAGGACACGCUGCGUGACUGUGACCAGGAGUCCACCUGUUACAACACCGUCAUCUCCCCCAUCUACUUCGUCUCCUUCGUGCUGACGGCCCAGUUUGUGCUGGUGAACGUGGUGAUCGCUGUGCUCAUGAAGCACUUGGAGGAGAGCAACAAGGAGGCGAAGGAGGAGGCAGAGCUGGAGGCAGAACUGGAGAUGGAAAUGAAGACAAUCAGCCCUGGCCAACACAGCCCCUCGGACAUCUUUGCAUGGACAGGCAGCACCGGUGGAGAGAGACCUGAGAGCCCCCGAGGGUGUACCAAUCCCAUGCAAAUCAAGGUGGAUUCUCAGCUCUCUUUAGCUUACCACAUGGAAAGGCACUUGUUUGAUACCAUAUCACUGCUGAUCCAGGAAUCUCUGGAAGGAGAGCUGAAGCUGAUGGACAACCUGUCAGGCUCUGUGUGCCAUCAUUAUGCCCUCCCAGCUCCCGAAUAUUACAACUCUGAGAACCAGAUCCCUCUAGCUGAGAUGGAGGCUCUGUCUCUGACGUCAGAUAUUCUCUCUGAAAAGUCCUGGUCCUUAGCUCUGACGGAUGACUCUUUUCCUGAUGAUAUUAACACACACUUACUUAAUGCUCUGGAAAGCAAUGCUGACCUCCGCUCCAGAGACGACACACUGACCCUGUCUCCCAGCAAGGACUUGCUGAGCGUGAGAAAGCCUUCGGUGGGACGCACCCACUCCCUGCCAAACGACAGCUACAUGUUCCAGGCGCCCUAUUCCAGCCCCUGCCCUGCCUCCCUGGGCGAGAGGAAGCCAGCACAUCACAAGUCCCAGUCAGGUUCAAAGGCAUCGGUGCAGUCGCAGCCGGCGGACACGAGCUCCCUCCUGCAGAUUCCAAAAGACCAUUUUCACCACAUAAGAGCUCAUGACCAUUUGGUGGGGGAGAGCAAGCCCCAGGUUUCCCAGCAGGUGCACUCUCCUUCUGCUGAAAGGCUGCUCCGCAGGCAGAUGGCUAUAAGGAACGACUCUCUGGAUAGCAAGGAGAAUCUCCACACUGAGGUGAGUGAACUCUCUGACCCAAAUGUCCCUGCUGUGCCCAAGGAGGAGUCACCAGUGGCUCUGACGCCCUCAGAAGCGAAUGAGUUGGCUGCAUGGAGUCGGGUGAGCGUUCACACGCAGCAGCAUUCCCACAAUCAGUAUAAUAUUUCAAAGCAGGCACCAGCAUCCUGUGCUUGUGCAGACUCGUAUCAGGAGACCCCUGGAGAUUCAAUGGACCAAGAAGUAUCUGAAAUAAACAGCUCCUCAGAGCCUUUCACUUCAGAAACUUGUACAGCCUCGAGUGCCUGUUCAGAGGGUCAGCCUCUCACUCCUAAGAGGAACGUAGGCAAUACUGGCAGCGUGACACUGAAGGACCUGAAGAAAUACCACAGUGUAGACACCCAAGGUCUUCUAAAAAAACCGCCCUCUUGGUUAGAUGAUCAAAGGAGACAUUCAAUAGAAAUUUGUUCCAUGGAAAACAGCCCUCAGCACCAUUCCACGUCCAGCUCCUCUGGCUUCAUAAGUCAGGUGGUCAGUGAAAUGGAAGGCUUGCAAGGAACGCGGCAGAAGAAAAAACUGAGCCCUCCCUGUAUAUCCAUAGAUCCACCCGAUGGGCAGAGUUUGGUACCUAGAGGACCUCACAGCAUCUCACCUGCCAGUGGAGACGUUUGCUUGAGGCGGCGUGCUCCAUCCUGUGAGUCCAAGGAUUCGAUGGAUAUAGGGGAUUCGCUGCUUCCAGACAGUAUGUCAACAUCUCCUACCCCAAAGAAAGACUUGUUGACACUUCCUAGCUUUUCCUUUGAUCAAACGGAAAUGGACCCCUGAGUUACUUUUCUGUUGGUGCCAAAUGUUUUCUUCCUUUCAUGUAAUAGAAAAAAAGAAAAAAAAAAUUAAAAAACUCUGUACUCCAAAAUGGCACUGGGUAAAAAAAUUUCCAAAGAAAGAUUAAAGAACCAGCUGGUUAAAAGAGGGGUUAACCUAUAUCACGCUUACUUAAGCAUAUGUUCUGCUUAGGUAAAAGCAAUACAAUGUGCAGAAUCUAUAUGUAUAUUAUAUUUUAUUAAAUUAAUUGAAUCUAGUAUUGCGGGAUGUAGUACAUUUUGUGACUAAAGACAUUUAAUUUUCUUCUAUUUUAUGUAUCUCAGAAUAUUUCUGAGAUAAAGUUGGUUUUUAUGAAUAUUUUAACCUAAAAAAUAUAUAUAUUUAAUCCCUUCUC